GAAAAUCAUAAGUUAGGGGUGACCAACUUAUGACUUUUGACUGAUUUCGACUUGUAAUCUGUUUACAAUGCAUAGACAAACCAAAUUAUGCUUAAAAGCCAGUUUGACUGGUUUUAGCCAAAACACCUGCUUUAGAGUUUUGGCCUCUAUAUAUAUAACAUCAAUAUGUACUGAGUGAUACGAGUAAAAACAAAAGUAGAUAAGAAAAGGGUUGCAGGAUCCAAUUAGAAAAGAGUUUUUCCUCCCCUUUUUUGCCUUCAUUCCCACAUUUGUCUUUCUUAUAUAUACUGUUGCCACUCAGUUGGGAUACUGUUAUAUUCUUUGUUUCUUUUAGAGCAAUUAAUAGUAACAUGGAGAAACAGAAUGAGGGAGUUCAAGUAGUGGAGGAUGGAAGUGAUUGUUUGUUGAGAAAAAGAGAUGCACCUUUAUUUGCCUGGCCAUGGAAAAACAUAGGCAAUUGCAAGUAUUUGUUAUAUGGACCAUUUCUUGCAAAAUUUAUACAUUCUAUGUAUUGGAAAGAGAGCAUGGAGGACAUCUGGUGCUUGCAUGUUCUUAUCUCGUGUGCUCUGAGAGGCCUAGUUCAUCAGCUAUGGAGCACUUACAAUAAUAUGUUAUAUCUAAAUCGCACACGACGUGUGUCUCAGCAAGGCACAGAUUUUGAGCAAAUUGAUAAUGAAUGGCAUUGGGAUAACUUCCUUAUACUUCAAGCGAUUGUUGCAGCGUUCGUCUACUUGAACUUCCCUUCACUGGCCAAUAUUCCCCUCUGGGAUGUAAGAGGGGUUAUUUCUUGUAUUAUACUUCAUAUAGUGAUCUCAGAGCCACUGUUCUAUUGGCUGCACAGAUUAUUGCAUUCCCCUCUUCUCUUUCCUUUGUACCACUGGCAGCAUCACGAGUCUAAAAUUACACACCCCUUUACUGCUGGACAUGCAACAUUUCUGGAACAUCUUUUGCUCUGUGUGGUUGAAGGAAUUCCAACCCUGGGCACUGCAUUUAUUGGUUACGGAUCAAUAAGCGUUAUGUACGUUUAUGUUCUGGCAUUUGAUUUCUUAAGAUGUUUGGGACACAGCAAUGUUGAGAUCUUUCCUCAUGGUCUCUACCAGCGCGUUCCACUACUUAGAUAUGUUAUUUACUGCCCAUCAUACCACAGUCUACACCAUCAGGAAAUGAAGACAAAUUUCUGCCUCUUCAUGCCUCUCUAUGAUAUGUUGGGAAAUACUUUAAAUACUGCAUCUUGGAACCUUCAAAAAGAAAUAAGUUCAAGGACAAGUACAGAUGAAAGAGCACCAGAUUUUGUGUUUCUCGCGCAUAUUGUUGAUAUUAUGUCAUCGAUGCAUGCCCCAUUUGUUUUCCGGUCAUUCAGCUCAGUGCCUUUCUCCACAAGGCUCUUCUUGUUACCGAUGUGGCCUUUUACCUUUGUGGUCGUGCUUAUUAUGUGGCUGAAGUCCAAGACUCUCUUAUUCAGUUUUUACUACAUAAGAGGGAAACUCAACCAAACUUGGGUUGUGCCCAGGGCUGGUUUUCAGUAUUUCUUGCCCUUUGCUGCAGAAGGAAUAAAUAAGCUCAUUGAAGAAGCCAUUCUUAGGGCUGAUAGACUCGGUGUCAAAGUCAUCAGCCUUGCUGCACUAAAUAAGAAUGAAGGUUUAAAUGGUGGAGGGACACUCUUUGUCAACAAGCAUCCGAACCUCAGAGUCCGAGUAGUCCAUGGAAACACCUUGACAGCUGCUGUGAUCUUAAAUGAGAUUCCUCGAGAUGUGAAUGAGGUCUUCUUAUCAGGUGCUACUUCUAAGCUUGGAAGGGCCAUUGCACUCUACCUUGCUCGUCGAAGAGUCAAAGUUCUGAUGCUCACUCAGUCCACUGAGAGGUUCAUGAAAAUUCACAGAGAAGCUCCUGUUGAGUGCCAGAAGUAUCUGGUUCAAGUGACAAAGUACCAAGCAGCUAAACAGUGUAAGACUUGGAUUAUUGGAAAAUGGUCUACCCCUAGAGAGCAGAGCUGGGCUCCAUCAGGAACUCAUUUUUAUCAGUUUGUGGUUCCUCCUGUCAUUCCUUUUCGCAGAGACUGUACCUAUGGCAAGUUAGCUGCAAUGAGACUCCCGAAAGAUGUCACUGGCCUAGGAACUUGUGAGUAUACAAUGGGAAGAGGCAUAGUUCAUGCUUGUCAUGCGGGCGGGCUAGUUCAUCUUCUUGAAGGUUGGACACACCAUGAGGUUGGAGCUAUCGACGUUGAUCAGAUUGAUGUUGUGUGGGAUGCUGCAUUAAAGCAUGGUUUGGAACCGUUGUAUAAUUCAAGAUAGUAAUACCAUAUUCUUCUAAACACACCUUCAUAACCGAAAAGGUUUGGAUUGUUGCUAAGUCCAUAGAUAUAAAGUCUUCCAAAUAUUCUUUCACCAGUCACUGCUUCCUUACCCAUGGUACAUGUAGAAUCUAUUUGUAUUCAAACAAACGCUGUAAGCUGAAUAUAGAAAAUAUGCUACAGUAUAUAUCAUUGUAAUUCCUCAGAAUCACUGUUAAUGUAAAGUGAAUGGCAUCUCAGCUACCAGAUUACUGCCAAGUUUCAGAGACGGGCAAGAUUUGCUAUUUGAUAAGUGGUAUAUCGGAGUUAUUAUCUGAAGAAAUUCUUCUAUGAAUACUCGAUGAAUAUAUGUAUGUUAUCUUUUAAUGUAUAGAGCUUUGCUAAAAGAAGAAAUCACACAAAUAAUGUUACUGCUGGAAAUUGAUCUGCAACCAAGACAAGCACUGCUUGCUCGAUCUAUAUAGCUGUAUAUCUUGUACUUUUACCUUAGAUGCAUCUUUAAACAGGGGAAACUGGCACCUGCUUGGCCCGUUGCUAUUCAAUCUGCACAAAUACGACCGAGGGUAUAAUUUAUGAUAAAUCAAAGUUGGCCAAGGGUGUUUGGCAGCUACACUGUUCGUACUAAGCUGCUGCUUCUGGUUUUGGACUCCAGCCAUGUAUCAAAAUGACCAAUUCAUACUAGUAAAUCUGAACAACACACUAUGGACUGCUACGCGAUCAACCCAUAGCAAGAUCUGAUUCAAAUAAAAGGAGAAUGAAACAUGCUCAACCUAAUUCGGCUUGCUACAAGUUAUCACAUGUAUCUCAAACUCAAGAUCAUAUUGGUGAUUGGAUAUGUACUUUCUGUAGGAAGGGCAUUCAAGCCAAGGAUAAAUCAGAAACAUCUUAUUGUUGUUUACCCAAGGAUAUCAUCAUAUCAAACCCAGUGUAAUCCCACAAUAGUGGGGUCUGGGGAGGGUAAGAUGUACGCAGCCUUACCCCUACCUGGGUAGGGAGGCUGUUUCCGAUUGACCCUCGGCAACCCUCCUCCUUUAUCCGGG